AUGUUGUCCCUCAUCCUCACGGUGUUCUUUGUGCACGUCGCAAUCUACCUCGUUAAUACGAUCGGUGCAAGCACUGUUGACAGUUUGUUAUGGCUACUUUACCUUCGACUGCCUACACCGACCUCCCGAACAGCCCGCAAGCAGCAGGAGCUGAAGCGCGCGGUCCUCGAACAAAAGCGCGAAAUGAACAACACGAGCUCGCAGGAUGAGUUUGCGAAAUGGGCGAAAUUGCGGAGACGCCACGACAAGACCAUGGAGGAAUAUGAGGCGUUGAACAAAGCCCUCACAUCGCACAAAUCCUCCUUCGACUGGACCGUCAAGAUCGCUCGCUGGCUCAGCACAAACGGCCUGAAAGUCUUCCUCCAGUUCUGGUACUCGAAGACACCCGUGUUCCCGCUCCCAGCUGGCUGGUUCCCUUACUACGUGGAAUGGAUUGUGUCGUUCCCUCGCGCACCGCUGGGCUCCGUCAGCAUCCAGGUUUGGAGCAACGUCUGUGCGGCGGCGAUUGCGCUCGCUGCGGAGAUCGUGGGCGCUUUGCUGGUGCAGGUUAUAGGCCAGAAGGAAAAGGUACCCGUCAGCGAAGGCGAGAAGGCACAGUAG